AUGAAGCACGUGGAGUUUCGCGAAACAACGACAGGGGAAGAUGAAGCACUGGCUAGCUAUUUUUGGAGAAAUGGCCAUGAAAUUGAUGGCGAUAUUGAUGUUCGAAUAUGGAAAUGCGAUUAUUUUGCUGUAUGUAUCGCUGGUCCAAUGAAAUUACCUUAUGCAAUGAAAAUCGAUUGUGAUGAUUCAGAGAAUGUGUUGAUAAAGGAGCAAACUGAUUUGCGAAGAAUUCCACUGAAAUUCAUGAAGCCAAAAGUUUGUUAA